AUGUCUCCAUACCGCCUAGUCUUUGGGAAGGCGUGCCAUCUGCCACUAGAAAUGGAGCACCGGGCAUACUGGGCUAUGAAACAGUUGAAUAUGGACUUGAGCGCCGUCGGUGAAAAGUGCCUGCUGCAACCUAAUGAGUUAGAUGAGUUUAGAAUGGAAGCUUAUGAAAUUUCAAAACUUUACAAGGAACGAACAAAGAAAUGGUGGUCGGGUCCUUAUACUGUCACGAAAGUUCUACCAUAUGGGGCUAUACAAGUGAGCCAUGAGACUAAGGGUAUCUUCACUGUUAAUGGGCAAAGACUGAAACACUAUUGGGGCGGUGACUUCUCCAACCAAAAGUCCACCGUUCAACUCGAGACGCCAGAAUGA